GUUGUUUUGGUUCUGGCAACAGUGACGGGUGCUCGGGCCCUCAGACGUAUUGGGGUUCGCUCUGGGCUGAAACUUGUGCGAGAAACUGCCAUAUCUCCCCGUAGGAUGUCUCCUUGAGACCCCAGGACGCGGGGGAGCAUUCCAGGACUUCGCUGAGGAGAGGAGGGGCCACGAUAUCAGGCGAAGGAGAGGAUAUAGUGCGUUCAGUGCGCGGGGCAGUUGGUCCCUUUGGUGCCUCGGAAUCGGAGACUGUGACAGAUAUCUUGCAAACAUGUGGCAGCUUAGAUUGCUCGGAAAAUUAAUUUUAGUCCUGCUAGGAGUUUCAACAUGGGCACAUACAUUAUCCAUCCCUGAGGAGAACAGCAUUCAGCCCACACACAGUUCUUCUGGCCCAUGUCAUGCCAUGGAACCAACAGAGAUUGUGUGUAGGGGUAUGCAAUCCCUUGAAGAGGUAUCCAACCACAUCCCAGAAGAAUUGAGGGCACAGGUAACAAAACUCACGUUGGAGAAUGCUGUUCAGGGAGUCUGGACAAGGGAUGACCUAGUAAAGCUGCCAUCACUGCACACUGUUGUAUUCAACCACAGCUAUUUUUCUGAGUGGGAACUUCCCACACGGCCAGAUGCUCCUUCCCUCUCACGGUUGAUACUGGAGGACUGCUGGAAUAACAAUACUCUCAAGACCUCCAAGAUGAGGUCUACACUCUCCCUUACAACUGAGACACUAGCAGGUUUGGGAGGGUUAGAAGAGUUUCACAUCAUAGACUGCUAUGUCCUCGACUUAAAUCUCAGUUCCAUCGAUACUGUAAAACCUCUCCAACUUCUCAAUAUUGUUGGGGGAGGCCUCAACUGCACGAAGGACAAGCUGUGGAUGCUGGAUUGGAUGGAAGUAGGCCGAGCAAACAUCACAAAUACCACAAGGUGCUUUGUGGUGAGCUCAGGGGAGAUGAUUCUCUUCUCCACACGCUACAGUUUCAAUGACCACCAAUUCUUGCUCUGCAUGAAGUAUGUGAAGGAAACAGAGCGUGAUUGCCCAAGCCAGUGCCAGUGCAAUGUCCAAGGCUUCAAGGAGAGUCAGUACCCAAUAAUACACUUGCUUUGUGAGAGGGUUGGCCUCACCCAACUGCCGGAGGUCAUUCCAAGAUGUACAACACGCAUGCAGUUUGGAUGGAAUAAUAUCACUGACAUAAAUACGCUCUUCACUAAUGAGAACUAUCGGAGGAUGGAUUCCAUUCUCUUGAACAACAACCAGAUUUCUUACAUCAAUGGAGAUCUCUUCUAUAACUAUAUUAAGGGGCGACCACUUGAUGUUUACAUCAAUCUUGCAAACAAUAAGUUGACAACAUUGCCAAUCAAAGAAAUUAACAGAAUUUAUGAGGAAGCACGCCAAACAUCACAACUCUUCUACCCAACAUUCAACCUGGCAGAUAAUCCCUGGAACUGUGACAAUUGCUCCUUCUUGCCAGAGUUCCAGAAACUGGUGUAUUACCAGAGCACAAUGAUCCCAGAUUAUCAUGACAUCCGCUGCCCAAGUGACAGCGAACACCAUCCCAAAAAGCGUCUGAUCUUGAUUGACGUCAAGUCACAGUGCUCUUCAGGCCCUCCCCUGCUGAGUUCCCUUGACAUCCUCAAUAUCACCCUGGCUCUUCUGCUGCUCCUUCUCAUUAUCAACUUCCUCCACAACUUCUACCAGUACAGACGCCAUGGGAAGCUGCCUUGGAUCAUCAUUCGGAUGCCCUGCUGCUGAGGGAAGCCAGCUUCCAGGCCUGUAGCAUACAACUUGGCUUUUAGGAAGAUUCAAGGGUUGUUAAAGCAUUUGGGUAUUUCUUCUGUUUCAUUCUUUCUACUUUUGUGUUCUUUGGUAUAUAAUUAAGCCAGCACUAGAGGGCUAUUGGUUGUGUUGCAGCAGGUCUCCAAGCCUGAGUUGCAACAAGAAGAGUGAUAAGGGCAGCUUAAAUUUUGUCCUUUAAGAUAUUCUAUUGUGUUCAUACUAUGGCAGAAUGGGUGCAAGUGCCUCAUUGCUGUCAUUGCAAUGUUAUGAGAAAGAAGUGGAACUUGAGUUCAUGAAAUGUACCUGAGAUGAAGAGUUUACUGCUAAUAUAGUAUAUUCAUAUAACUGUUUUUCUUUAUAAAUUUUAUAUGAAAACAAAUAAGUAAGUAGUGGUGUGACAACAUUGAGUGGUUUUGUUUCAGAUGCUAUUCUAUGAUAUUUUUUCAUGACUACAAUAUGUCAGAAGAAAGUUGAUUUGUUGUAUGAUUGAACUUUUUGCCGAGUUUUAAAUAUUUGCUCUUAUAUAAUAUUGCUUUUGUUUAUGUUUACAAUUCUAGAAUUCCCAACUUUACACUUCCCAAUAGAGAGGCUGUUACUGCAUUGUGAUCAUGUAAUCAUAUAGGGCAGUUAUUAUUACAGUAAAAAUUAAAUAUGGGAAUGCAGGGAUCCACAGUAAUAACUGUGAUAGCCAAUAGUGAAUAAAGAAAAAAAAUAAAUAGUUGUGUUUCUGCACAACAUGGUAAAGAUGAGACAUGAAAGUAUGCAAGAUUCACGUUUACCUUAGUAGUAUGCAAAAUUCUUAAUAUUUAGUUCAAAAGUGGUUUUAGUGUAGUCUUGCUACUGCAGUCAAUUGAUCUUGGACUUAUCCUGUGACAUGUACAUAGAUAUAAUAGCAACUAUGUUUAAUUUGUAUAUCAAAAUCUUACGAAAAGUAUUUUUGUAAUAAUGGGCAGAUGCAUAAACUUACACACAUGGAAUUGUAUAUCUACACACAAACAUACAAGCACACACAAGCAUUUUUUUAUUAUUAUUAUUAUAUUUAUAUAUUUUUUUUCUUUUCUUUUCUUUCUUUUUUUCUUUUUCUUCUUUUUCUUUUUCUUUUUUUCUUUUUCUUGCUUUCUUUUUUCUUUUCUUUUUUUUUCAUACAGAAAAUGGUACCAGCAUUAUUUUUUGGACCAGUACUGUGUAAAGUAUCUAUGGUAGUUUUGUAGCAGUCAAACAUUAAACAUCAUAGUCUGGUGUCAACAUUGCGAGUUGAUUGUCUGAGCUGUAAUUUUCAAAUGUAAUAGUUAAUGAUUAGAACAAAUAAAUAUGCUAAACAUAUAAGGUCAUAUAACACUAUGUUUUUUGUUUAAUUAGUCUAAAUUAAAUGCAUAUUGCCAGCACAAAUUCAUCUUAUUGGAAAUAGUGGCUUCUACAAUCUGAUUGGCACUAGCAAGAAAAAUAUCUUGCUAUGAAGUGUUUCCUCCUGUUAAGUGUUAUUUGCAAAAAUAGAGCUGAGAAAGUUUUAACAAGGGUUUCACUAAAAAAAAAAUAUAUUGGCACUAGGCAUAUAAUGGAAGUAUUCAGUAACUAUUUUGAAGAAAAAUUAAAAACUGCAAAUAGCAUUAGUUCAAUAAAUAGUAACAUUACUACUUGUGAAUUACUUUAAAGUAUUGCUUGUCUACUUCUGUAUGCUAGUGCACACACACAUCUUCCCAUAUAUCCAUGCACACACACAUUAAAAUGAACAUGUAGCAUUGGACUGCUAUGUCCUCGACUUAAAUCUCAGUUCCAUCGAUACUUUAUUUGCAUAUUUGCUCAAGAACAGUUUGAAUAGGACAUUUUAAUCUGACUUGCUCCAAGACAGCAAGUAUGGGAAGGAAGGGGAACUUUUUCUUUUUUAUUUAUUUAUUUUGUGUGAGUGUGUGUGUGCGUGCAUGCAUGUGAGUGAGUGAGAAAUUUGUGAAUUAUUAAUUCCCCCCAUAAGACAUAAUAUUCAUAGUAUAUUUGAGAAGCAAGUAUUGGAGAAUGCACUGCUGUAGGAUAAGUCAGGAAACAAAAAUACAAACAUACAGACAAAAAUUAUUUUUCCUUGUAUCUAAAUAUUUAAGAACAAAUAAAAAGGUGUCAUGCAUAUUAUUUUAGUAGGCUAUCAUUAAUGAAAGCCAUGAAUCUAUGACUUAUGCACUAUGUUUUUGGUAAAUCUUGGAACUAGAAACCAACUUUGUUAUUAUACCAGAGUGUUUAUGCUUCUUUGGAGCUUCUGCACUAGUCAAAGAUAUUUUUAGGUAAAGGGCAUUUGUGUUUCUAGAUCCUUUCCACAGGGACAUAUCGCUUUUGAAUAUAUAAGUAAGUACAUUAUGCAUAUAUAUUUUUUAUGUGAAAUCCAGUGACAUGCAUUGGUAUCUUCUUUACUACGAAAGAAAGGCAAGGCAUGGUUAGCAAUUGUGGGAUUUAGUUUCCUGAUCCCAAAGAUGAUUGUAGUGCUUCUCUGCAUUUCGUAUAUUUAAUGCAUGGUAAGACUUCUUCAGGUACUAACUGUAAUAAAGCACAUAAUUCAUGCAAAGACAAAGUUUAAGAUAGAAUUGGUGAAUAAGAACUUAUAACAAAAGAGCUUUAAGGGGCAUGGUCCAUUUAACAGUACAGUGCAAAAAUAGUUUAAUUAACAGAAUCUUGAAGGUGAUUUAAGAAUACAAAAGUAAAAUAGAUAGAUCUUAAGAAGUUCAUUACAUAUAUCAUAGAAGAGGUGAGAGAGAGAAAACAAAAACUUUAAAAUGUAUUAUAAUUUACCUUGUUUAAUAGUGCUGUUACAAUGGCAACAAGGCUGCCUACUUAAAGUUGUGUCCACCUGAGGAGCUGAGUCUGUGCAGACCUGGGGCUGAAGUUAUAUCUCUUGCUUCUUCAGCAGUCCUGCUAGACUGAGGGUGGUGAGUUGUGCCAAUGUAAGGUGUACUUUAUUUGUGAUUGGCCAUUUUCAAGGGUUACCCACAGUUUCCCCACUUUUAAUAUCAUAUCCAUGGGUGCCUGGCCACUUUCCAACAUUUUUAAUUGGACCAUCAAUGGGUAAUAAUGCUUCCUGGCACAGGUACUGCCUGUCAUGUGGAUGCAGCUUUAACCUCAGCAGAUGAGCAUUUGUGAGUGUACAGUAUAUUUAAUCCUUUGUCAUAUGCAGAUGCAUAGUUUCAUAUGGAGGGUGCUAUUGAGUAUGUAUUCAAGUUUCCCACAUAGUCAACCUGUUGCUAUUUGAUUUAAAUCAAGGCAUGUCUUUCAGAGUAAGAUUUUUUUUACAGUGCUUCAUCAUGCAUCUCAUAUAUUUUCUAAUUUUAUGUUUUGCUCACCAUGUAGUGUUCUCAUAAUAUUUCUCUUGACUAUAGAAGGAAUUGUUGAUAACAUUUUGCUAGUAGAAGAGAAGGGUAUUACACCAAUGUCUGGUUCAAGUUGGUCUUUGCCCAAUUUUAGGCAGAUGAUGUGAAUUGCAGUAGGUUUCUGCUGCUUGGUAUCUGGAUAAAAUGGAUUAUUAGCGCAUCUGGAAUUUUAUUUGGGUACAACAUUUCUUUCUUUCUUUUUUUUAUGUAAUAAUUAAGUUCACUGGAAAUCAUUGUGCUGCUACUAGCCUAGAGCUCAUUUUACUGUGUAAGCUUGAUUUUAUAGUAUGUCAACUUGAUAUAAUGAAUUGAGUUUAGUGGAAAUCAAUAAUUUGCUUAGAAGAAAAUAUGUAGUUAAUUGAUUGAUGAGUGUGCCUAUUGUAUGGUUUUCAACAGUAUAUUUGCAAAUUUGACUGGACUACAGACUUUUUAUAUAUUUUUUAGAACUCUGUUGUUACCUGCAUUAACCCCAAAAGGAUGAUCAGUAAUAAUUAUCAAUAUUAGGUGUAACUGCAUGCCAAUGCAAUAGAGUGCUUAAAUUGUUUGACUGCUAUUUUUCUGGAUUUGUUUAUGCACUCUUUAAGCCUUCCUAUUUUCCCUAUCUUGUGGAAAAACAGCAAAAUACCUAAUAAGCUUUCUAUUUCCUUAUUACAGAAUUUUGAGGGUUCGUCUUUUUCUUGCCUUAUCUUCUACUACACACAGAUCUGGACUUUCCCAUCUGUUUGGGAUAAAGUGCACAAAGUUUCAAAGACUGAAUAAUUGGUGCUAAAGCAUCUGCUGGAAAAAAAAAUCUUUAUAAUACUUGUUCACAAAUUUUGUAAAAUUUUGCUUUUGUCUUUCAAGUAAAAAAAAAAAAAAAAAACACUUUAUGCAUCACAAAAUAAAUAAAGUUUGCUUACUCUUUUUUAUUAAAUCCUAUAAUAAAUUGAAUUAUAAGUAUGGUGUAGAGUCAACUUCCUGUGCCUUAAUCUACCCAUGAAUUAAAGUAGCAAAUUAAGGAUUAAGCUUUCAUGUGGAAGGACUUCACAUUAAUAUAGUGUCCUUAUUUUGUGUAAAUUUAACUCACUGCUGCCAAGGAUGGCAUGUAUAUACACACUGUACCCACUGAGUUUGAUUUUAAUUAAGUAGUCACCAAGAAGUUGACUAUUAAUUCUACUUGUCACACCUGUUUAUCCUUUUCCUUGAUUUUUUAACUGUUAUUUUUUAUUUUAUAUUGCUAUUAGUGUUGUUAAUAAGCGAUUAUAAUUAUAAUGUCAAUAAUAAUAACUUCAAAUAUUUUUUUUUUAAGAAUCUAAUAAAUGACUCCUUGAUAGCAUUGCAUUAAGAAAGUCAUUUCACAAAUCAGUACUUUGGAGUCCAUUACAUGUUCCUAGCAGCAGUAGGUUAAUGUUUCUUUUCACAAGUAAUUAUUCUGUAAUGAUUCUGCUGUCAUUCUUCCAAUUAAGACAUCUGUAAGACCUAUUCAAUCUUCUUGUAAGGGGGAAGAAGACAAAUUUUUAAUCCUUUACUAACUAGAAUGAUAGAGUAAUAAAUGUUUAAGGCAAUCUCAAUUUUUGAAGUGGUGGUAGUGGUUACACCCUCCAAAAGAAUGUUUAUUAACAAGAAUACAUUAUUUCUGCUCUAGCCCUAAGAUUCCACAUACAUAGAGAGAAUUAUUGGCUGCUACAAAAAAUAAACAUUCAAAUUUUGGCUUGCAAAGGCAGAUAAGUUUCUGUACAGUAGUGAUGAUUUUUCCAGAAUAAAAUAAGAAAAUU